UGUCAUACCACACACUUUGUCUAUAACAACAAGCUUUCAAGUUUUUGUCUUUUUUUUGUUGGAUAAGUUAAAAAGACUUUCAUUAAUUUGCAUUGCAUCCACCGCCGAGUCAUUCUUCCUAAAAUCUUAAUCUAUAUACAGGAAUCUAUAGAUUGUGUCAUCGUCUUCUUUUUCACUUCAUUUGUUUUAUUUUGUGUUCAAGUAAGCUUGAAAGAUCAUAUUAUUUUUGCCUUCAUGGGGUUGUUCAAGGAUCAAGGGGUGGUUUACAAGCCAGUGGAGGAGGUUGAUCUUGGUCCUAAGAGUGAUCAUGUCUAUCUCCGUGCCAAUGUUAAAGCUCCUAGAAUGGCUGGACUUCUGGUCAAAAUUUUCACCUGGUUUCUGGAAUCACGAAUCUUUGGGACAAUAUUGGUUUACAUGUUGAAGAAAAACAAUCUAAUUCACAAGCUCGUAACAAAUGCGCAGCUAGAGGAGUCACCUCUCUAUGUUCCCUUACAUCCGUUCAAAGAUCUUAAAGAACAAGAAGUCAAAUGCAUAGAUUCUAAAUUAUCUCCACCUGAACAAGUUCAACAGGCAAUGGAUUGUUUGCCUGAUUCUUCAGAAAAGAGUUUACAUGGUUUACAAUCUUCUUUUCAACAUUGGACAAUACUGGACUAUUCAAGAGCCUAUAAUUUGAAAGAAAUAACUCCUCGGAUGGUUGCGGAGCGAUUUAUAGCUGCUGUGCAUGAAUCUUCUAAUCCUCCAUCACGGAUGUCGUUUUUUAUAGACUAUAAUGCUGAAGAUAUUUUAAGGCAAGCGGAUAAAUCAACUCUUCGGUAUGAACAAGGAAACCCAAUAUCCAUUCUAGAUGGAAUCCCAAUUGCUAUCAAGGAUGAAAUAGAUUGUUCUCCAUAUCCUACUACAGGAGGAACAAAGUGGCUGCACAAAGUAAGACCUUGUACAGGUGAUGCAAGCUGUGUUAAGUGCCUCAGAUUAUGUGGUGCCAUACUUGUUGGGAAGACCAACAUGCAUGAAAUUGGGGCCGGAACAAGUGGGAUAAAUCCUCACUAUGGGGCUACUAGAAAUCCAUAUGACAUUAGCAAGAUUGCUGGAGGUUCUUCUAGUGGAUCUGCUGCAGUGGUGGCUGCAGGAUUGUGCCCUGUUGCCCUUGGUGUUGAUGGGGGAGGAUCUGUGCGGAUGCCUGCAGCUCUUUGUGGUGUCAUUGGUUUGAAACCAACCUUUGGGCGCAUACCUCAUAAUGGUGUUCUUCCUUUUAACUGGACGGUGGGGAUGGUUGGAAUCUUAGCAGGCACCAUUGAGGAUGCAUUUAUUGUUUAUGCAGCUAUGAAUGGACAACUUCCACCAGAUCAACCCACCAGACCCAAAUUGUACUUUCCAUUGCUCAACCCAACUAAAUCUAUCUCUGAUGUCAAAAUGGCAAAGUAUGCAGAGUGGUUUAAUGAUUGUAGUGAUGAUAUAAGAACAUGCUGUUCUCAAGCUUUAGACAAGCUUCAGGAGCACUACAGUUGGAAGAUUGUAGAGGUGACUAUACCGGAGAUAGAAGUGAUGCGUCUGGCACAUUAUUCAACAAUUGGAUCUGAGUGUACCGCUUCACUUAGUUCUCAUCUGGAAAAGCUGAAGCCUGAAGAAAUAGGAUGGGAUGCAAGGGUAGCACUUAGCGUGUAUGGUUCUUUCAGUAGCAAGGAGUACAUAAAGGCGCAGAAAAUUAGGAACCGCCAGAUGCAGUUUCAUAUGAAAAUAUUUGCUGAGGCAGAUGUCAUUGUUUCACCAACAACAGGUGUAACCGCAUACCCAAUACAGGAUGAUGCCUCAGAAACUGGUGAACUGGACUACAUAAAUGGAGCUGCCCUAGUUCGGUAUUCAAUAGCAGGAAAUUUUCUAGGAUUGCCUGCAGUGACUGUUCCAGUUGGAUAUGACAAAUUGGGUUUGCCAAUUGGCCUUCAGUUUAUUGGGCAGCCAUGGUCCGAACCAACAUUAAUUCACAUAGCAUCUGCAAUGCAGGCCAUCUGCAAGCCAGACUACAGAAAGCCAGAGGUUUUCUAUAAUCUGCUGAAAAAGGAUUAGAUGAACCAAGAACCUCCACAUCAUUACAAAUGAUCUUAACUUGAUAAUAAUUCACGCCAUUGAACUUCUUGGCUAACACAGUUAUGCUAUCGCUUUAAUGCUAUUUGUUUAAGUUAAAGCCAUGUAUGUAUCAAACAAGUGUGACAUUUCUAUAUAAAAAAUGGAAUUUAAUAAGCAUAAUCACUUUCCUA